GCUUAGAGCUUGUACUGGGGAAGAGCAGGUGCUGCGUUAAUGGACGCCGUGAGGGUGGUUGAUUGAUCGGCGUGUUUGUGAUGAGGGAUCGAGGACCAUCGCGUUCAGACGUGGUCGUUAUGUAACCGGAUGGGGAGUCCGCUGGGUUGGCCGCGCGCUUGACGUUGGAUCGUGACGACGCGUGAAUCUUACAGACGCAUGGAAGCUCGCAUCUCCAUCAGGGAUGGAGGCGCGCUCGAUAAGCUGGAGACCAGCUGAUCCUCGCCUCACUGUGCCCCAGACCUCCGAUGCGGCAGGGAGGGAGACGCUCUCCCUCCACCUUCGAUGCGGUUUUUCAGCGCCACCGGUCGCCGACUGAACCCGUUUUGACACCAGGAGACCGAGGCGUAGUGGGCGCUCUCUGCGGGAGGUAGGAGAGGCUGAGAGCCAUGGCAGGCGCCAAGCUCACUCCCUCUCCCUCGGAAAUCGACCCCGACGUCAAGACCGAGGUGCAGAAAACACCUGAGCCGUCCUGGGUCAACCCCGCCAAUCCUCUCCGGACCACGGGCUCGUUCGGGAGCGAUGCCGGCCAAAGGUAUCAGGAGGAGUACAGUAUGGACUCAACCAAUGCCCAGGUGCAAGUGGAGUUUUAUGUGAACGAAAACACCUUUAAGGAGAGGCUGAAGCUUUUCUUCAUCAAAAACCAAAGGUCAAGCCUCAGAAUCCGUCUGUUCAACUUCUCCCUGAAGAUUCUCACCUGUGCCCUUUACAUACUGAGAGUCAGCCUGGACAACCCAAAAGAGAUCAAUGGCAAUCCAUGUGCAAUAUGUCGGAACAACAACUGGACCAAUACAGCGGAGUCGGCAGAAAUCAACUGGGAGUUGAUUUUCUGGGUGAAUAGACGGGUUCCUGUGUGGGCAAUACAGGUGACGGUGGCCUUAAUCAGUUUCUUGGAGACCAUGCUUAUCACAUAUCUCAGCUACAAGGGGAACAUUUGGGAGCAGAUCUUCCAGAUAUCCUUUAUAUUGGAGAUGAUCAACACAGUGCCAUUUAUAAUCACAAUUUUCUGGCCUCCAUUAAGAAACAUAUUCGUCCCUGUAUUUCUUAAUUGCUGGCUUGCCAAAGGUGCCCUGGAGAACAUGAUUAAUGACUUCCAUCGUGCCAUCCAGAGGACUCACUCCGCCAUGUUUAACCAAGUGUUCAUCCUCAUCUGCACCUUACUGUGUCUGGUUUUCACUGGAGCUUGUGGCAUCCAGCACCUAGAGAGAGCCGGGAAGCACUUAUCCUUGUUUGACUCAUUUUACUUCUGCAUUGUCACCUUCUCCACUGUUGGAUACGGUGAUGUCACACCUCAGAUCUGGCCCUCUCAGCUGCUGGUGGUAAUCCUCAUCUGUGUUGCCCUGGUAGUGCUCCCACUGCAGUUUGAAGAACUUGCGUACCUGUGGAUGGAGAGUCAGAAGUUAGGGGGCAACUACAGCCGCCACCGGGCGCAAACAGAGAAGCAUGUGGUGUUGUGUGUCAGUUCACUGAAGAUAGACCUGCUGAUGGACUUCCUCAAUGAGUUCUAUGCUCAUCCCAGACUACAGGACUAUUAUGUAGUGAUUCUGUGUCCAACAGAGAUAGACAUCCAGGUUCGCCGUAUCCUCCAGAUCCCUCUGUGGUCUCAGAGGGUCAUCUACCUGCAAGGGUCUGCUCUCAAAGACCAGGACUUGAUGAGGGCCAAGAUGGACGAUGCUGAGGCUUGCUUCAUCCUCAGCAGCAGGAAUGAAGUUGACCGAACUGCUGCUGAUCACCAGACUAUUUUGAGAGCCUGGGCUGCCAAGGACUUUGCUCCAAACUGCCCUCUGUACGUCCAGAUUCUCAAGCCAGAAAACAAAUUUCACGUCAAGUUUGCUGACCAUGUUGUCUGUGAAGAGGAGUUCAAAUAUGCCAUGCUGGCACUCAACUGCGUCUGUCCGGCCACAUCCACCUUGGUCACGCUCCUGGUUCACACUUCCAGGGGACAGGAAGGCCAGAUGUCACCCGAGCAGUGGCAGAGGACGUAUGGGCGCUGCUCUGGAAACGAGGUCUACCACAUUCGCUUGUGUGACAGCAAGUUCUUUGGGGAAUACGAUGGAAAAAGCUUCACCUAUGCGUCAUUCCAUGCGCAUAAAAAAUAUGGUGUGUGUUUGAUCGGAGUGAAGAGAGAGGACAACAAGAGCAUCCUCCUGAACCCUGGCCCCCGCCACAUCAUGGCCGCCACGGACACCUGCUACUACAUCAACAUUACGAAGGAGGAGAACUCGGCCUUCAUCUUUAAGCAGGAGGAGAAGCACAACAAGGGCCUGCCGGUCAGCGGCCUGUGCGACGCCCCCUCCAGGCUGCCUGUGCACAGCAUCAUCGCGAGCAUGGUUGAUCAGGCCACUUCAUAUGGCACUGUGGCCAUAGAUCUCCAGAACCCCGAUCCCGCUGAGGAAACCAGCAAACUGACCUUACCAACAGAGAACGGUGCUGGAAGUCGCAGGCCAAGCAUCGCACCCGUCCUGGAGAUCGCAGACUCCUCCGCCAUCCUACCCUGCGACCUCCUGAGCGACCACUCCGAGGAUGAGACUAAUCAGUCAGACGAGGAGGGCUCCAUUGGAUUGGAUUUUGUGAAGGGCUACCCUCCGAACUCGCCCUACAUCGGCAGUUCUCCAACCCUGUGCCACCUCCUACCACAGAAAGCUCCAUUCUGUUGCCUUCGCCUCGACAAGGGUUGUACACAUAAUAGCUUUGAAGAUGCCAAGGCGUACGGCUUCAAGAAUAAGCUGAUUAUAGUUUCUGCAGAGAUGGCGGGGAACGGCCUCUACAAUUUCAUUGUCCCUCUGCGAGCUUACUAUCGUCCCAGGAAGGAGCUCAACCCCAUAGUGCUGCUGCUGGACUACCCGCCAGACAACCAUUUCUUAGAGGCCAUUUGCUGCUUUCCAAUGGUUUACUUCAUGGCUGGCACUAUUGAUAACUUGGACAACCUGCUGCAGUGUGGGAUCAUCUACGCUGACAACCUGGUUGUUGUGGACAAGGAGAGCACCAUGAGCGCGGAGGAGGACUACAUGGCCGAUGCCAAGACCAUCGUCAACGUCCAGACUAUGUUCAGGUUGUUCCCCAGCCUCAGCAUCAUUACUGAGCUCACACACCCGUCCAACAUGAGGUUCAUGCAGUUCAGAGCCAAGGACUGUUACUCACUCGCUCUUUCCAAACUGGAGAAGAUAGAGCGUGAUAAGGGCUCCAACCUGGCCUUCAUGUUCCGGCUGCCGUUUGCUGCAGGCAGAGUGUUUAGUAUCAGCAUGCUGGACACGCUGCUGUACCAGUCUUUUGUGAAGGACUACAUGAUCGUUAUUGCGAGGCUCCUUCUUGGCCUGGACACCACACCCGGCUCUGGGCACCUGUGUGUUAUGAAGGUCACUGAGGAGGACCUGUGGAUCAGGACGUACGGCAGACUCUUCCAGAAGCUUUGCUCCUCCAGCGCUGAGAUCCCCAUAGGGAUCUACCGCACCGAGUCACACAUGUUCUCAACCUCGGAGUGCAAGGACAGUCACGCGCAGUCUCAGGUGUCCGUUAACAUGGAGCGUGGCGAGGAGCAGCGUCAGCGGGGAGAGUCCUGGAAGGAGAGGACUGCACACAGGAACUCCACCACCAGCGACCAGUCAGAGCACCCGCUGCUGAGGAAGAAGAGCAUGCAGUGGGCGCGCAGGCUGAGCAGGAAGAAUGUCAAACCGUCGACCCGAGCCGAGCGCAUCUCUCAGCAGAGGCUCAACCUUUACCAGCGCUCGGAGCGACAGGAGCUGUCUGAGCUGGUCAAGAACCGCAUGAAGCACCUGGGCCUGCCCACCGUCGGCUACGAGGAUGUUUCUAAUCUCACUGCGAGCGAUGUCAUGAAUCGAGUAAAUCUAGGAUAUUUGCAAGAGUUGCAGGACAUUUCAGAGCACCCGUAUACAGAGGGAACCAGGCCGUCAGGGCCACAAGCAGACGAGAUGAACGACCACCAGAACACGCUGUCCUACGUGCUCAUCAACCCUCCUCCUGACACCAUGCUGGAGCUCAACGACAUAGUGUACAUCAUUCGGUCCGACCCACUGGCUCACAUGCCGGAGGACUCGCAGGUGGGGCAGAGCUGCAACACCAGGAACCAGCAAGACUUUGGCACAGAGACGAGGGAUGAGACUCACCUCUGAACUCCUUCAGUCCCACACCCUGACCCUUAACCUCCGAGCCCGACCUGGGCCCACAGAGCCUUCCUCGCACAGAUGAAGGCGUGGCUGCGGCCGUCCAUUGUCGGUGUGUUAUCCGUCUCUCAGACUAAAACAAUGGUCACGAGAGGCCGACUGUUUCCCACUGAGCUGCUACAGGAGGAUGCAUGAAGAGUGCCUCAUCAUCAGCCCCGCCCCCCUCGCACCACCCUGCGCUCGGUCGGUGGAUUUGUGCACGUACACAUUAGAACCUUUCACUCGACACGUUUUGCUCAAGGGUGAAAGUCAAAACUUCAUCCACGCCUGAUUCAACCUGAACGGAGUCUGAACCGUCUGUCGUGUGUGAUACCACAAAGCUUGAAUUCCAGCCAGAAAACACACACUUCAUUUCAUUUAUCCGCUUUUUUUUACUUAUAUCAGACCAGAUUCUCAUUUUCUUUGAAAGCACAAUGUUUUCUACUUCUGUGUGGAUGUACUUCCUGUAGUGGCACUUUGAUGUUUCUAUUGUUUUCUUGAAGUGAAUUGAUGAUUAUUUGACAUUUAAGUGUCACUGUCAUGUCUGCUGUACUGUUUGCGUUGGACUAGAAAUGUCUAGGAGGAUUUUUUACAUUAAGUUACAUAUUGUAAAGCUGCAGCAGAGGAAAUGUCUAAUACAUGAAUUUCCCCAUGUUUAUCAGACUAUUUCAUAACCACAUUUACUGUUUAUCAUCAUGCAGUGACAGUAGCUGUGAGCUCAGUCUUAUUUCUAACAUUGUUCUAUUGUGUUGCUUCAUGUUUAAAGCUGUUUUGUAUCUUCAACUAACCUAUUGAGUUAGAUGUUUGACACCACUCUCGUAGCUUAGCUUAACAUUAAAGCUAAACUAAUGGAAGCAGUGAAAAAGCCACUAAUUGGCUCUGGGAGUAUUACAAAAGUCACCUUAAGGGUAGAAGUAAUCACAUCAUGUCUGGUUUGUGCAUAAUUCUCUGUAAGCAUUAAUCAAACAUGUGUUAAUUUGAGUUUAGAAGGCGCUGUUGUAGACGUGUCGCGUUGGUCUGAAGCUUAGAGAGGUGUCGAACAUCUGCAUCUGUGUUACUGUCGCGUGUGACGUCAGGUAUUUCACUAAAACCGAUGUUUGAUCUCCAGUUUAACAACUCUUAAACUGGUAGCAGAAUAGUUUUGCACAGAUGUUGAUUUCUUUCCAGAUGUUAUUCGGAGCAUACUUGAGCGGAACAUGAAGUGCUAUCUUUUUCAAAUUGUACAGAUCAGAGUGUGUCCUUCUGCAGUAUUUAUCGCUGUAUCACUGUAAAUAGCACCUUUAUAUAUUCAUUGCUUUCCAUUUUGUCGUCUACUGUGAUCAAAGGUUAAAAAAAGGACUUGAACUAUUUUUGCACUAAGCUCUGCAGGAUGUCUAGAGCAUUGACAGCAUGACCCUUUAAUAUGAAUCUGACCACUGCAGACAGUAGAAACCACUCCUGAGGCGAAGGCAGCCAGUCGUCGUCCUACUGAGCUCACAGUGUUCCGUGUCCCAGUGAACGUCCAGUGACGGCUCCAUCUGCCUUUUUGUGUGCGACGGUAACAUUUGGAAGUGGACUGUUGCUCAGCGACCCCUGUGGGUGACGGUUUACAGGCCGGAGAGCUGAGAGGCGAAAACGUUCACGUCUUCCUGGGUUCAGACGUCCACCGUCUGUGCUGAGACCACGGGGGCACGGAAACAAACGCAUGCUUGGAUGCACGGCCUCGCCCAGAAGCAGACAUUUUGUACCCGGGCGCCGUGUCCUGUUGUAGAGAGGCUCAUAAUCAAGUCGGCUGCUUGCAAGUUGGAGCCAAUAUUUUAUACUGUAUUUAUAUGAAUGGAAUGUGCAUGAAGUCUACGUGUGCUGUUUACCACCACCUUAUGUCCUGUCAUUGUCAAGGGGUCCAUCCAUUUUGUACUAUUUAUUAUGGAGGAGUGAGUUCACAUAUGAAACAUGAACAAAUAUAUGCUGCAUGCAGCCAGA